GUUUCUUCUCAAAAUUCAAUCUCAACAAGAAACAAGAGAGAGAAAGGAUAAGAGAAGAAAAAACGAGUGAGAGAGAUAAUAAUGGCAAUGGCAGCAAGCACAAGCACAGUGUUAGUUCCUCCUCUUCCUCGCCUACUGACUACCACCACUCGCUGCUCUGCUUUGCCUUAUCUCCCUCCUCCUCGCCUCUCCACCACCACCACUCCUUCUUCUUCCCCUUUCCUUAAACAAUUUUCAGAGUCGCGGAAGUUUUCUCUACAUCAGACUAGAGCUUCUUCUUCUGAUGAUACAUCUACUUCUCUCGAUACCAAUGAGUUGUUUACCGAUUUGAAGGAGAAGUGGGAUGGUCUUGAAAACAAGUCCACAGUGCUUCUGUAUGGUGGUGGUGGUUUAGUUGCUGUUUGGUUAUCUUCAAUUCUUGUAGGUGCCAUCAACUCAGUCCCCUUGCUUCCAAAGAUUAUGGAGUUGGUAGGACUAGGGUACACUGGAUGGUUUGUCUACCGGUACCUUCUGUUUAAGUCUAGCAGAAAGGAACUAGCUACGGAUAUUGAGGCACUGAAAAAGAAAAUUGCCGGAACUGAGUAGAACUGCAUUAGUAGCAAGUCAAGUUGAUGUUCCUUGCUCAUCAUUUGUUUGUUUUGCUGUAUGUCUUGUUAUAUGAGAGUCUGUAUUUCUUGAUAUAGAAUAGAAUUGCUCAAUCUCUAUCAGUAUCAACCUUGUAUUAAUCCAUUUCAUUGUUGAAAAUAAUGCAGCAAAUCUUAUAUAUAUGUUUAUGAUUCUGAAUGAAAA